AUGCGGACGGUCAUGCUCAUCAGACUCAUCCAGAGGGGCCCCUCCAGAUGGUCCCAUCAGGAGGGCCCGUCCAGAGGCCCAGUCCAGAGGGGCCCGUCCAGAGGGGCCCGUCCAGAGGGCCCGUCCAUAGGGGCCCAUCCAGAGGGGCCCGUCAGGAGGUCCCUUCCAGAGGGCCCCGUCCAGGGGGGCCCGCUCCAGUGGGGCCCGUCCAGAGGGCCACUGUGGUUUUGUGUUCCUGACCUGUGUAGUCUGGCGACAGUGCUCGGAGUGACCAGCCUGGAGCUGGUCCCCAGGGGGACGCGCUUCGGACCCUUGGUCGGGCAGAUCUACACCGACGAGACGCUGCCGAAAGGCGGCGACCGGAAAUAUUUCUGGAGGGUAUUCUCCGGGGGGGAGCUACAGCACAUCGUGGACGCGCUGGAUCCGGCGCGCAGUAACUGGAUGCGCUACGUCAACCCGGCGACGCGGGCCGCCGACCAGAACCUGGUGGCGUGCCAGAGCGGCCGGGACGUCUACUUCUACACCGUGCGCCCACUGCGGCCGGGACGGGAGCUGCUGGUGUGGUACUGCCCUGAGUUCGCCCGGCGCUGCGGCUACCCCCCGCUGGGACGCCUGUUCGAGGCCCCCAAGAGGAGCGUGGGCAGGCGGGGCCACACGGUCUCAGAGAUCCUCCGCCACGAGCCGCCCAGCUCCCCCUCCGCCCGACCGGCUGCACGCCACGAGGGCCCGCGGGGGGCCUUCCCCCCCUCCCCCGGCGUCAUCCAGCCCCCGCUGCGCCCGCAACCCCACCCCGGACCCGGCCCCCGCGCAACGCUCCCGUACGGCGCGCCCCCCGACGGAGCCGGCCAAUCGGAUAUGCACUUUGCCUCCAAGUGUACCCAUGAGGGCAGGCCUGGCGGGACGGCCCCGGCCAACCGCCUCUACAGGGGCCUGAGGUACACCCCCUACCUACUGCCCCACGUCGCUCUCUGCCUGGGCGGGGUCCCCCACCUCCCCUACCUCCUCUACAGAGACACGCUCCAGCCCCCCACCGCGCCCCCCCCACCUCCCACCGCGCCGGCCUCGGACCGCUACGCCUGCGCCCCGCAUCCGUCCUCCGCCGGGCCCCAAGAGCUGACCUUCGCCCCGUCGGACCCGAAUGCGGCCCCUGUGUUUCUCCCGCCCGGCGGGGGUAGCGCGGACCGCCGCUACCUCGUGUUCGGCAGGACGACCUACCUCAGGUGUCCCGGCGCCGUGUCGCCCGCCGGCAGUGGGGUCAAGGACACGGCUCCGGGGGCUACCUCUCUCCGAGGGCCGGACCCCGCCUCCUGUUCACCCAGGGGCGCGUCCCCGCCCGAGGGCAUGGGGGCCUCCGUGGACCGCCUCCCCUCCACGCCCAGCCCCGCCAUGGGGCCGGGGGGGGUCCGCCCACAGGGGGAGGCCGAGAACGCCAUGGACCUGAGGAAGAGCAAGGAAGGAGGGUCCGUCGGCUACAAGACCCUGACCUACCCGCUCACCAGGCAGAACGGGAAGAUCCGCUACGAGUGCAACGUGUGCCGCAAGAUCUUUGGCCAGCUGUCCAACCUCAAGGUUCAUCUGCGCGUGCACAGCGGUGAGCGCCCGUUCAGGUGUCAGACGUGCACCAAGGACUUCACCCAGCUGGCCCACCUGCAGAAACACUUCCUGGUGCACACCGGGGAGAAACCACACCAGUGCAAGGUGUGCCACAAGCGCUUCAGCAGCACCAGCAACCUCAAGACCCACCAGCGGCUGCACUCGGGCGAGCGCCCCCACCAGUGCAAGGCGUGCCCGGCCCGCUUCACCCAGCACGUCCACCUCAAGCUCCACAAGCGCCUGCACUCGGGGGAGCGGCCCCACCGCUGCCCCCACUGCCCGCGCUCCUACCUCCACCACUGCAGCCUGCGGGUGCACCUGCAGGGCUUCUGCCCCCUGGCCCCGCCCCCCCCCCGGGGGGGGCGGCGCCCCGUCCCGCCGGAGGAGCUAUGCCGCGUGGACGGCGAGAUCCAGCGCUUCGACCUCAGCGAGACGGCGGAGCGGCUGGAGGCGCUGGCGGCCGACGCGGGGCUGGGGGGCGGGGACGUGGGGCGCCUGUUGCGGGCGGCGGAGGCGUGCGUGGAGAGAGGGGGCGGGGCCUUGGAGAUGAUCUGCUACAAGGCGACGGUGGAGGCGCUGGGGUACCGGGACGGUGCCGCCUCCUUCUACCCGGUGGACGUCAAGCAGGAGUCGACGGCGUGUCCGAGUCCCUACCGCAGUGGCGGCGGUGGGGUCAAGGACACGGCUCCGGGGGCUACCUCUCUCCGAGGGCCGGACCCCGCCUCCUGUUCACCCAGGGGCGCGUCCCCGCCCGAGGGCAUGGGGGCCUCCGUGGACCGCCUCCCCUCCACGCCCAGCCCCGCCAUGGGGCCGGGGGGGGUCCGCCCACAGGGGGAGGCCGAGAACGCCAUGGACCUGAGGAAGAGCAAGGAAGGAGGGUCCGUCGGCUACAAGACCCUGACCUACCCGCUCACCAGGCAGAACGGGAAGAUCCGCUACGAGUGCAACGUGUGCCGCAAGAUCUUUGGCCAGCUGUCCAACCUCAAGGUUCAUCUGCGCGUGCACAGCGGUGAGCGCCCGUUCAGGUGUCAGACGUGCACCAAGGACUUCACCCAGCUGGCCCACCUGCAGAAACACUUCCUGGUGCACACCGGGGAGAAACCACACCAGUGCAAGGUGUGCCACAAGCGCUUCAGCAGCACCAGCAACCUCAAGACCCACCAGCGGCUGCACUCGGGCGAGCGCCCCCACCAGUGCAAGGCGUGCCCGGCCCGCUUCACCCAGCACGUCCACCUCAAGCUCCACAAGCGCCUGCACUCGGGGGAGCGGCCCCACCGCUGCCCCCACUGCCCGCGCUCCUACCUCCACCACUGCAGCCUGCGGGUGCACCUGCAGGGCUUCUGCCCCCUGGCCCCGCCCCCCCCCCGGGGGGGCCGGCGCCCCGUCCCGCCGGAGGAGCUGUGCCGCGUGGACGGCGAGAUCCAGCGCUUCGACCUCAGCGAGACGGCGGAGCGGCUGGAGGCGCUGGCGGCCGACGCGGGGCUGGGGGGCGGGGACGUGGGGCGCCUGGUGCGGGCGGCGGAGGCGUGCGUGGAGAGAGGGGGCGGGGCCUUGGAGAUGAUCUGCUACAAGGCGACGGUGGAGGCGCUGGGGUACCGGGACGGUGCCGCCUCCUUCUACCCGGUGGACGUCAAGCAGGAGUCGACGGCGUGUCCGAGUCCCUAGGGACCCCCGGGGCUAGCUCAUACAACCAUCAGAUUGUCUAUUACCUCCCUCUGUGAAAGACUUCUCACGAACGCCACAAUGCCUUGACGACCUUUGCUGUGAAGAAGUAGCCUUUGAUGUAACAGUGGUCAUUGUCCGAGACCCCAUUGGUCUAAUGAUCUGUUUUUUUCACUUUUUGUUAAUUUAUUUCAGGGUUUAAUAUGAAUCGUUAUUUUAUAAAGACAGAGAUGGGAUAUUUUCACCCACGGGGAUUUUUGUGCUUAUCUGAUAUUUUGUAUUGCUGUGAACUCUUCCUUAAGUAAACAAGGGAUGUGGAUUUAAAAAACGAGUGCUCCUUAUUGUGGUCAUAAUUCACGACCACAACUGUAAAGCGUUCAUUAACAAGCAGAACAACAACAUAAUAUCAGAAUCAUCAAUAAUCAGAUUCUGGAUAAUGAUGAAGCCUUCCGCGGGGGCCAGAAAGAUAGUACUAUGAUUCAUUCAUCCGUGUGGGCGUGGGAUCUUGCUCUUGAGCCUACAAUAUUCAUCAGCAGUUUACCUCGCUACUCAAAGUGAGAACAAACCUGUGCACACACACAUUAUUCUGAUGAAUCCCAUCA